AUGCCAGGAAGACACGUCCGCUUCUCCACUGAAAACACAUACUACUCUCCGCAAUUGAAACCAACCAGCCUCCCGCAGUCUUCCCCUCCCUCUUCGACAAGAUAUGGCGGUCCCCGUCGCGCACAUACCCUUUCGGCACCAAGCCAUCGCCAUCAAGCAGUUGCCCACCGAGCUAUGGCCUAUGACGAGCACCCGCUCCUCCACUAUGAUCUCACGUUAUCGCCCUCCACGAUGACCAGCCACACCUCCCAGCUCCCCGCAUCUGUUCUCUACGAACCUGCAACCUACCCACCUCAGAGCACGCUCGUGCUCGCCUCAUCCCACCUGCCCUACGCCAUAUCCAUUUCCGCCUCGGCACAGACGGGCUUUGUCACCGUCGCGGACGUCCUCAGCGGCCUAUAUACCGCCCUCCGCGCGCACGUGUCUCGCGAGGAGUACGAGAAGCUUGGCAGCGCCACCGCCAUGCGCCGCGUCCGGGACGCAUAUGCCGCCCGCUACAUGCGUCUGCGCGGUCAUCGAGGCUAUGAAGAAGAAAAGGCAGGCGGUCUUCGCCGUGUCGAUCUUCUUAUGGGCCAUACCCGGUUCCGCGGCUUGUCCCCACCAUCAUCAUCUUACUACCCGUCAAGCCCUGGCCAGCCUGAAGUCUGGCGUUUCCAUACCGCUUGA